AAAAGUGAUUUAUAAUUUGGACUAGUUCCCGUCACUUAAUCUUCUUCUUUAAGAUAAGUCUGGACAAAGGAUUCUGCCUCUCUUAUCGAAAAGAGCUCAUGGCAGCACUUCACCACCUCUUCAUCUCAGAGCAUCUAAGUCAUCCUCUCUAUCUUCUACAAAGCCCUAAAACAACAGCACAAAAAACCCAGAAGAAGCCUUCAGUCUCAGUUUCUCCUUCCCCACGCUUCAGAACCAGAGCUUCUUCCUCAAAUAAACUUCCUCAUUCGAAGCGGAAAACCAACAAAUCCGGAAGAUCGGCAAGGCAUUUGAUCACUAUCUCGACUUCCUGCGGGAGAUGGCAAGGCCGAUGGAGCAGCGAGUAUCUUCUCUCUCUGAGAGAGCUUCAGCUCGCCGAGUUGGCUGAGGAUGGAGAUAAGAAUGCCGACAUCCUCGUGAGCCUUUCCAUUCAAAAGCACACUGGUUUUGGAUUCUCAGUGCAUGGAAGGAUCAUUACAUCUAUCAAGAGAAAAUGCAGCUGUUGCUUCUCAUCAUACGACAGAGAGAUUGACGCUACCUUUGAUGUUUGGGUUCUGCCUUCUAACAAAGACAGUGAAGUUGAGCUACCGGAAAUUGGUGGAAGUGAUCAAGCAAGCUCCUAUUUGUCUUGCUUUUUGCAAAAAAAAUGAAGGGAGAUUUACGUGCAUACACCACUCAAUUCCUAUUUACAAUUCUAGCACAUAAAUUUAGUUUUUUUACAUUUAAGCCACCUUAUUGAUACGAUCCGACGUCAAAAUCGGCACGAAGUUCCACAGAAAUUAGUAAAAAAUAAAUAUUUUUUUUAAUAAUAUGAAGAACCCAAUUCAAAUACAAAGGUAAACAACUACAAUUCAAAUGGUAGGCGAUCUCUCACAAUUCCUAUAAUUCGAAAGAUAAGAAAUUUCUCUCAAACUCUGAAUGUAAGACUCACAAUAACAAGCUCAUGCAUACCCCUAACUUGAAACAUAAUUAGUUUCUUUAUACCCAACAAUAACAAUAAUAAAAGAUUAAAUUGCCUUUAGGCAUACAAAAAAUAAAAUUGCCCUUAGGCUAAGCAUCGAUGUAACACUUACAUAUUAAUGGAAAGGUAUAUUUCAUUUUUUUAAAGUUAAAAUAGUGGUAUUUUUAUGUGAUAUGAAGGAUAUGAGUGGUAGAAAUUUGAAAAGCGUAGUUUAGGUGUUAGAUAUGGAAAUGCGUAGGAAUUGGAUGGCACUUAUGUAAAUGCCCCAAAAAUAAAUUGAAUCAGAAUAUCUAAAGAUAAUGUGUCAGGGAGGAAUUGCAAAACUAGUGCUUAAAAUUUAAAUUGUUGAAAAUUUACAUACAU